AUGCAUGAUCCGAGGAAGGAUCAUAUGGACGCAGUGUACCAGAUUUUGAGGUAUUUGAAGAGUGCUCCCAGAAAAGAACUGAUAUUCAGGAAGAAUGGACACGUGAGCAUUAAGGAUUACUGCAACUUUGAUUGGGCUAGUUGUGCUGAUGACAGGAGGUCCACCACAGGAUACUGCAUCUUUAUAGGAGGUAACUUGGUCUGGUGGAAGAGUAAGAAGCAGCCAGUAGUGGCGAGAUCGACAGCUGAGGCAGAGUAUAGAGCUAUGACCUUGGGAGUUGUAGAGUUACUGUGGCUGAAGAUUUCUCCUCAUUAG